AUGAACACACCCAUGACAACGGCUGCCGUGGUGUUGACCACCUGCCACCCCAACGCCACGAUAUGCUCGGGCACGUCGUGCCUGGUGCCCUCCAGCAACUACAACGAGAUCCUGAGCCUAGUUCUCAGCAUCGUGCUGACAGUCAUGCUGGCCAUGGUCAUGUUCGCCAUGGGCUGCACUGUGGAGGUCACAAAACUGUGGGGACACAUCAAGAGGCCUUGGGGAAUCUUCAUCGGCUUCUUGUGCCAGUUCGGCAUCAUGCCCUUCACCGCCUUCGCCCUGUCACUGGCCUUCAACGUGCUGCCCGUGCAGGCUGUCGUCAUCAUCAUCAUGGGCUGCUGCCCCGGUGGCUCCAGCUCUAAUAUCAUUGCCUACUGGCUGGACGGAGACAUGGACCUCAGGUGAGACUGACUCGAAGCAGUUCUUCGGCUGUCCCCAUAGGAGAACCCUUUUUGGUUCCAGGUAGAACCCUUUUUGGUUCCGUGUAGAACCCUCUGGAAUGGAACCGAAAACUGUUCUACCUGGAACCGAAAAGGGUUCUUAAGAGUUCUCCUAUGGGGACAGCUGGAUAACCCUUUUAGGUUCUAGAUAGCACCUUUUUUUCUAAGAGUGUACAUGUUAUUUGGUAGAUGAUUUAGCCUACUUUCAAGUUUUGCCUUUGGUACUACGUUUUAAGUGUGUUUCUAGUGUGAUCCAGUGUACUAAUGUUGUGUGUUUCCCCCUCUCUCUAGUAUCAGCAUGACAGCCUGCUCCUCUAUCCUGGCCCUGGGGAUGAUGCCUCUGUGUCUGCUCAUCUACACGUCUGUCUGGACCUCCGCUGACACCAUCCAGAUCCCCUACCAAAGCAUAGGUAGCUACCAAUACUAAAAUAAACCAUUCCAUAUACGGGCAUAUGCAUUGAUGUACCAACUAGAUAAUGUAUUGGUGGGAAUGCUUCUGUGCAGCAUUCUUUAGAUUCCAUCUAGCAGCACAGGUAUUAGAACAUAUAAUUAGUAUAGAUUUCCACAUAUAGAUUAUAUUUCUAGGUGUUAGAACACCAUUAGAAAUGCUAAAACAUUCAGAUCCUUAUAGCAGCUUACUUACACUACAUUACCAAAAGUAUGUGGACACCUGCUUGUCGAACAUCUCAUUACAAAAUCAUGGGCAUUAAUAUGGAGUUGGUCUCCCCUUUGCUGCUAUAACAGCCUCCACUCUUCUGGGAAGGCUUUCCACUAGAUGUUGGAACAUUGCUGCGGGGACUUGCUUCCAUUCAGCCACAAGAGCAUUAGUGAGGUCGGGCGAUUAGGUUUGGGCUCGCAGUCGGCGUUCUAAUUCAUCCCGGGGCUCUGUGCCGGCCAGUCAAGUUCUUCCACACUGAUCUCGACAAACCAUUUCUCAUUGUCAUGCUGAAACAGGAAAGGGCCUUCCCCAACCUGUUUCCAGAUAGUUGGAAGCACAGAAUCGUCUAGAAUGUCAUUGUAUGCUGUAGCGUUAAGAUUUCCCUUCACUGGAAGUAAGGGGCCUAGCCCGAACCAUGAAAAACGGCCCCAGAACAAUAUUCCUCCUCCACCAAACUUUACAGUUGGCACUAUGCAUUGGGGCAGAUAGCGUUCUCCUGCCAGAAGCAUGAUUCAUCACUCCAGAGAGCGCGUUUCCACUGCUCCAGACUCCAAUGGCGGUGAGCUUUACACCACUCCAGCCGACGCUUGGCAUUGUGCAUGGUGAUCUUAGGCUUGUGUGUGGCUGCUCGGCCAUGGAAACCCAUUUCAUGAAGCUCCCGACAAACAGUUCUUGUUCUGACGUUGCUUCCAGAGGCAGUUUGGAAGAUCAUGACAGAUGUAUAUCUUUGUCUCCAGGUAUAACCUUGGUGUCCCUCCUCAUCCCCGUUGCCCUGGGAAUCUACGUCAAAAACAAGUGGCCCAAAACUGCCAAAUUGAUCCUCAAGGUAAGAUUAAACCCUCUCCCCUCGCACUGCAUACAGCUGCGGUUGGUUACACACUACUACUACACUAUACAUGCGAUUUAGUGGAUUCAAAUAAAGUAUAUAAAAUGUGUGUUUGCAGGUGGGUUCCAUAAUGGGCUUCCUCCUCAUCAUCAUAAUUGCGGUGGUGGGUGGGGUGCUGUACCAGUCCUCCUGGACCAUCUCUCCCUCUCUCUGGAUCAUCGGAGCCAUCUACCCCUUCGUAGGCUUCACCCUGGGCUUCUUCAUGGCCCGCUUUGUAGGACAGCCCUGGCACAGGUACUACUGCAAUAUUAUAUGAUUUAUGAUGGUCCAGUCUUAAUAUUGUAUCUAGUUGAUAAAAUCCAAGUUACCAUUACAAUACAAGGUGUUGAAGACACCUACCUGAAUUACACUUGACUAACCUGAAUGAGUACAUCAUUCCCUUCUGGAAAUGCCUUAACAUUCAAGUUAAUGCAAAAACUACAGUACCAGAUGUGCAAUGUACUCCAAAGAUGCUACAAUGAAAACCAUCCAGUGCAUUUUAACUUAACCUUGUUCAUUUAACAGAGCAGCAGGUUCUUACAAGUACACCAGUAAAGCGGAGCCCUUCGACGCUCCAUGGAACCUACUGUAGUUAACAAGCUCGUCGUUGUUGUGUUUAGGUGUCGUACCAUCGCCUUGGAGACAGGCUUCCAGAACUCACAGUUGUGCAGCACUAUCGUCCAGCUGUCGUUCUCCACUGAAGAACUGGAGGUCAUGUUCGCCUUCCCACUCAUCUACAGCAUCUUCCAACUGGUGGUGGCUGUCAUGUCUGUCGGAGGUGGGUCAGCUUAUACCAAUAUUGAGGAGCUAAUAUCACUAUUGAUAUGCUAUCAAAUGUUUUGUAGUCGACUUAUAGAUGUAUAGUAGGCCUAUGGCCUGGUAUUUCUACCAUUUGUUAUCAAUAUUCACACCAUUUGUCAUUCUAGCUAAUGAUUGGUUGCCUGGGUGCCAGUCUGAUCAUUAACUUCUCUCAGACUAACCAUCAGUUAAAUGCCAAACUAUAUUAUUGAUGCUUUUCGGUGCUCAUUCAGAUCGAAAGAUGUGGCUGUAAAGGCACACAGUAGGUGUAACAUGAGUGGUUCUCCCUCCUACAGCUUACCAGAUGUAUAAGAGGAAGUGUGGAGGGGGUUCGUCUGAGUUAGACGGCGAGGGAGCAGAGUGGGACGCUGAGGCACCUCCUUCCAAGGACAAGCAGGAGUACGUCCUGGAGAAUGGAGGCUUUGAGUGCGACGAAAAUGGCAACAACGGAGAAAAGGGCAAGAUCACCCAGAUGUGAGCACAGACAGGCCGCGGGACUCUUGGACAGUUAGCAGCACGCAGCGACCUGGACGCAAUACUGUACCUACAUGCUUCCCACUCAAUCACACCAUAAACACACACUGACCUCUACAGGCUGAAAGUGUGUAUUACAGGUCCUGCCAUUACUCUUAACAUUGGAGAGGUUUCUGUGAAGCUUUACUUCAUUUAAAAAAACAUAAACUUCAGGGGUAGGAAGCCAUCUUAGAUCCUGAAUGAAGUCUGAGUUCUCCUGUACCUCACUUUUUUACAACAGUGUAUACAUGCAGAGACCUCAUGGAGGCCAGCAAGGUUGCAGUGUGGUAGUGACUGAGGUGAACUGUGUUGAGUGGUGAGGGUUUCAUAGAGGAAACUGUUCACCAUGAAAAGGUUUCUGUCUAGUCACUCCUGUCAGAACUACAAUCACUUUUGAAUAUACCUAUUUAUAUUGCAAACCAGUCAACCUAAACUAAUUUAUUAGUCCAUGUUGUAGGACUCAUCUGACACAGACACACACCAGCAUUAACACAUUCUAUUUAAUUUUACAUAGACCCCUCCAGGAUACUUUAAACAUGCCUCAUAUUAUUUUAUCAUUUGUAUGUUAAAGCAAAAAAAUGCCAUAAAGAAUACAAUACAAGUCCCCCUGACUAAUACAAGUGUUGUACUUUGACAUUGAGUUUUGUAUUGAUUGAACAUUCAUUUAGUUUUAAAUUAAUAGACAGUAGAUAUUAACCAUGUUUAUGAAUGUACUGUAAGUCUGUAUCCAUUGGUGUAAUUAAUGUUUGGUGCAUAUUGAAAUAUUUACAUAGAUGAAUAGCCUAGAUACUGACUAUACCAAACAUCAAGAACACCUUCCUAAUAUUGAGU